AUGCCUCUUAAGCAAGUAACUCAGUUUAAUAAAAUCGUUAAGCGCGGCCGAGGCCGUCUAAGAAAUCCUUUAUCUGCUUUAGCUGUUGCUGCUGCUACAGCUGCGGCGGCGGUUAUACUUCGCACUCUUACUUCCGAACUUUCGCCUUUUCUUUUAGACCUUUUUAUUAAGCGCUUGCUUAUGCUAACGACCGUCAAAGCUUUAAAUUAUAACAAUUGCACCGCUGCUUUUGCCGUUGCUAAUACCGCUUUCGAAAACUUCUCCGGUAAUACGAAGCGCUUCGAGCAUAUUACUUUUUCUCAAGUUGGGGGUCCCUUGACUGCUGACAUGCUAAGCGAGGCAUGCCAAGUGGCCCGUGAACCAUGGUUCAAGGCUAAGGUCGAUAUAGAGAUACCGACAGCUAUAAUAGCUCUUGCGCUUGCGCUAGCCGCUUUUGUUAUUCUCGUCGCUUUUACAGCUCUCGUCGCUCCCGUCGCACUUAUUAUCGUCGCUCUUUUUGCGCUAGUUGUUGCGCUUGCCGCUUUCGCAGCGGCGCUCGCCGUUGCUAUAACUCUUACGAAGCGCCGAGCUAAAGUAAAAAGAUUGCUAAGAGCUUUAAUUGAUCUUUUAUUAUAA